CUCUCUUCACUGAAUGCUGAGGAAAUCACGGAGCAGAUAGGAAAUAUGUGGAGGACAACAUAUAAACUGAUCAAGACCUUAGCUGAUGUGCCUGCACCCAGGCGCUUAGCAGAGAAUAUGAAAAUCAAGAUCGAUAAGUUCAAACAGCACAUUCCCAUCCUCAGCAUUUCCUGCAACCCAGGAAUGAAAGACCGGCACUGGCAGCAGAUCAGUGAGAUUGUUGGCUAUGAAAUAAAGCCCACGGAAACGACUUGCCUCUCAAAUAUGCUGGAAUAUGGAUUCAGCAAAUUUAUUGAAAAGCUGGAGCCCAUCAGUGCAGCCGCCAGUAAGGAAUAUUCUCUGGAGAAAAACUUGGAGAAAAUGAAGUUAGACUGGGUUAACACGACGUUCAGCUUUGUGAAGUACAGGGACACUGAUACAAGCAUCUUGUGUGCAGUUGACGACAUUCAACUGCUCCUCGAUGAUCACACGAUAAAGACCCAGACCAUGUGUGGCUCCGCAUUCAUCAAACCAAUAGAAGCAGAAUGCCGGAAAUGGGAAGAAAAACUAGUUCGCGUGCAGGAAAAUCUGGAUGCCUGGUUGAAAUGCCAAACCACCUGGCUGUACCUGGAACCGAUCUUCAGUUCAGAGGAUAUCAUAGCCCAAAUGCCAGAAGAGGGCAGAAAAUUUGGCAUAGUUGAUAGUUACUGGAAAUCAUUCAUGUCCCAAGCGGUGAAAGACAACAGGGUUCUGGUGGCAGCUGACCAGCCACGAAUGAGUGAGAAGCUUCAAGAAGCCAACCUGCUGCUGGAGGACAUCCAGAAGGGGCUGAAUGAUUACUUGGAGAAGAAGAGACUCUUUUUCCCCAGGUUCUUCUUCCUGUCAAAUGAUGAGCUGCUGGAGAUCUUGUCUGAGACAAAGGACCCCCUCCGAGUGCAGCCGCACUUGAAGAAGUGCUUUGAAGGAAUUGCCAAGCUGGAAUUUACUGACAGUCUGGAAAUCGUAGGCAUGAUCAGCUCAGAGAAAGAAACUGUUCCAUUCACACAGAAAAUCUACCCGGCUAAUGCCAAAGGCAUGGUGGAAAAGUGGCUCCAGCAGGUGGAGCAAGUGAUGCUUGUCAGUUUGCGGGACGUUAUUGGACUUGGAAUUGAAGCAUAUGCCAAGGUCCCUCGUAAUCACUGGGUCUUGCAGUGGCCUGGCCAGGUGGUUAUCUGUGUCUCCUCCAUCUUUUGGACCCAGGAGGUAUCCGAAGCUCUGAUCGAAAAUACCCUACUGGAUUUUCUGAAAAAGAGCAAUGAUCAGAUUGCAGUGAUUGUCCAGCUGGUGCGAGGGAAGCUGAGCAGCGGAGCUCGCCUCACCCUCGGGGCCCUCACGGUCAUCGAUGUCCAUGCUCGCGAUGUGGUGGCCAAGUUAUCCGAGGACAGGGUCUCUGAUCUGAAUGAUUUCCAGUGGAUCUCGCAGCUGCGCUACUACUGGGAGGCAAGGGAUGUGCAUGUGCGGAUGAUAACCACGGAAGCCUUCUAUGGCUAUGAGUACCUGGGAAACUCGCCCCGGCUGGUGAUUACACCCCUCACUGACCGCUGCUACAGGACACUGAUGGGAGCUUUGAAGCUGAACCUUGGAGGAGCUCCAGAAGGUCCAGCUGGGACAGGCAAGACAGAAACCACCAAAGAUCUGGCCAAAGCUUUGGCUAAGCAGUGUGUGGUGUUCAACUGCUCAGAUGGAUUGGAUUACAAAGCCAUGGGGAAGUUCUUCAAGGGGCUAGCCCAGGCUGGAGCAUGGGCCUGCUUUGAUGAGUUCAACAGGAUUGAGGUGGAAGUGCUGUCUGUGGUAGCUCAGCAGAUCCUCUGCAUUCAACAAGCCAUUGUCCGGAAGCUAAAGAUGUUCAUCUUUGAAGGCACCGAGCUCUCUCUGAACCCAACCUGUGCUGUCUUUAUCACCAUGAACCCUGGGUAUGCUGGCAGGGCUGAGCUGCCAGAUAAUCUCAAGGCCUUGUUCCGGACAGUGGCCAUGAUGGUUCCAGAUUACGCACUCAUUGGAGAGAUCUCCCUCUACUCUAUGGGAUUUCUGGACUCCAGAAGUCUUGCCCAGAAGAUUGUCGCGACCUACCGCCUGUGCUCAGAACAACUGUCGUCCCAGCAUCACUAUGACUAUGGCAUGCGCGCUGUCAAGUCUGUGCUCACUGCUGCAGGCAACCUGAAGCUCAAGUAUCCAGAGGAGGAUGAAAGUGUCUUGCUGCUCCGGGCCUUGCUUGAUGUCAACCUGGCCAAGUUCUUAGCUCAGGAUGUCCCUCUUUUUGAGGGAAUUAUAUCAGAUUUGUUUCCUGGAGUUGUUCUUCCAAAGCCAGACUACAAAGUUUUUAUGGAAGUGCUGACUGAGAACAUCAAAAAGAUGAAACUCCAGCCAGUACCUUGGUUUAUUGGGAAAAUUAUCCAGAUCUACGAGAUGAUGUUGGUAAGACAUGGCUAUAUGAUUGUCGGAGACCCCAUGGGUGGCAAGACUUCUGCUUAUAAAGUGUUGGCUGCAGCUCUGGGUGAUUUAUACGCAGCCAACGAGAUGGAGGAGUUUGCCGUGGAGUACAAGAUCAUCAACCCCAAGGCCAUCACAAUGGCGCAGCUGUAUGGGUGCUUUGACCAAGUGAGCCACGAGUGGACGGAUGGUGUCCUUGCCAAUGCUUUCCGGGAGCAAGCAUCUUCACUAUCUGAUGACCGCAAGUGGAUUAUAUUCGAUGGACCAGUGGAUGCUGUUUGGAUUGAAAAUAUGAACACUGUUCUGGAUGACAAUAAAAAGCUGUGUUUAAUGAGUGGGGAGAUUAUCCAGAUGAGCCCCAAGAUGAGUCUGAUCUUCGAGCCAGCUGACCUUGAGCAGGCCUCUCCAGCCACUGUGAGCAGGUGUGGGAUGAUCUACAUGGAGCCCCAUCAGCUGGGCUGGAAGCCCCUAAAGGAUUCGUACAUGGACACCCUGCCCUCCAGCCUCACUGAGGAGCACAAGGAAUUGGUCAAUGACAUGUUCAUGUGGCUUGUCCAGCCCUGCCUGGAUUUUGGUCGCCUGCACUGUAAAUUUGUGGUGCAAACAUCUCCCAUCCACCUUGCCUUCUCAAUGAUGAGACUGUAUUCCUCUCUGCUUGAUGAAAUAAGGGAAACAGAAGAGGAGGAAACUGAAUUAUUUGAAGGUCUGUCAAGUCAACAGAUCUUCCUCUGGCUGCAAGGACUAUUCCUCUUUUCCUUGGUGUGGACCGUGGCCGGCACCAUCCACGCGGACUGCAGAAAGAAAUUUGAUCUGUUUUUCCGCAACCUGAUCAUGGGCAUGGAUGAUAACCACCCAAGGCCCAAAAGUGUCAAACUCACCAAAAACAACAUCUUUCCAGAAAGAGGAAGCAUCUAUGAUUUUUAUUUCCUCAAACAAGGCAGUGGACAUUGGGACACAUGGACAGAGUAUAUCACCAAAGAGGAGGAAGUUAUCCCCGCCGGUGCGAAGGUCUCAGAACUCAUCAUCCCCACAAUGGAGACAGCCCGGCAGUCCUUCUUCUUGAAAACCUGUCUUGACCAUGAGAUUCCGAUGCUGUUCGUGGGUCCCACAGGCACUGGAAAAUCAGCCAUCACCAACAACUUCCUCCUUCACCUUCCCAAAGACACCUACCUGCCCAACUGCAUCAAUUUCUCUGCCAGAACCUCAGCCAAUCAGACCCAGGAUAUCAUCAUGUCCAAGUUGGAUCGACGGCGGAAGGGCAUUUUCGGGCCUCCCAUGGGGAAGAAAGCAGUGGUGUUUGUGGAUGACCUCAACAUGCCAGCCAAAGAGGUGUAUGGGGCCCAGCCCCCCAUCGAGCUCUUGAGGCAGUGGAUUGACCACGGUUACUGGUUUGACAAGAAAGACACAAACAGGCUGGACAUCGUGGAUGUGCUGCUCGUGACAGCCAUGGGCCCCCCAGGGGGAGGAAAGAAUGACAUUACUGGACGAUUCACUCGCCAUCUGAAUAUCAUUUCCAUCAGUGCCUUUGAGGAUGAAAUUCUUACCAAGAUUUUCGGUUCUAUCGCCGACUGGCACUUUGGGAAAGGGUUUGAUGUAAUGUUCCUAAGGUACGGAAAGAUGCUGGUACAAGCUACUAAGACAAUUUAUAGAGCUGCGGUGAAGAACUUCUUGCCAACUCCCUCCAAGUCACAUUACGUCUUUAACCUGCGAGACUUCUCACGGGUGAUCCAAGGGGUGCUCCUCUGCCCUCACACCCACCUGCAGGAUGUAGAAAAAUUUAUCCGACUUUGGAUUCAUGAGGUAUAUCGGGUCUUCUAUGACCGUCUGGUUGACAAGGAGGACAGACAGGUCUUCUUCAACAUGGUGAAGGAAACCACCUCCAAUUGCUUCAAGCAGAGUGUAGAGAAGGUGCUCAUCCACUUGUCACCCACUGGAAAGAUCGUGGAUGAUAACAUCCGUAGCCUCUUCUUUGGAGAUUUCUUCAAGCCAGAAAGUGACCCAAAAAUCUAUGAUGAGAUCACUGACCUGAAACAGCUCACAGUGGUCAUGGAGUACUACCUGGAAGAGUUCAACAUCAUCAGCAAGGCCCCCAUGUCCUUGGUCAUGUUCAAGUUCGCCAUUGAGCACAUCUCCAGGAUCUGCAGGGUCCUGAAGCAGAACAAAGGCCACUUGCUCCUGGUGGGCAUUGGGGGCAGCGGACGGCAGAGUGCCACCAAACUGUCCACAUUCAUGAACUCAUACGAGCUAUACCAGAUCGAGAUCACUAAGAACUAUACCAGUAAUGACUGGCGGGAGGACCUAAAGAAGAUCAUGCUGCAGGUUGGCGUGGCCACUAAGAGCACUGUGUUCCUCUUCAGUGAUAACCAGAUCAAAGAUGAGUCAUUUGUGGAGGACAUCAACAUGCUUCUGAACACAGGCGAUGUGCCCAACAUCUUCCCAGCUGACGAGAAGGCUGACAUUGUGGAGAAGAUGCAAACAGCAGCCAGGACAGAAAGAGAGAAGAUUGAAGUCACUCCUCUUUCUAUGUAUAACUUCUUUAUUGAGAGGGGAAUUAACAAGGUCUACUUUUCAUUAGCCAUGAGUCCAAUUGGGGACACCUUCCGGAACCGCCUGCGGAUGUUCCCUUCACUCAUCAAUUGCUGUACAAUUGAUUGGUUCCAGUCCUGGCCCACGGAUGCCCUGGAAUUGGUGGCCAAUAAGUUUCUAGAAGAUGUGGAGCUCGAUGACAACAUUCGCACAGAGGUCGUUUCCAUGUGCAAAUAUUUUCAGGAGAGCGUGAAGAAACUGUCAGUUGAUUAUUACAACACGCUUCGCAGACACAACUAUGUUACCCCCACCUCCUACCUGGAAUUGAUUCUAACCUUCAAGACGCUCCUGAAUAGCAAGAGGCAAGAGGUGGAUAUGAUGAGGAAUCGCUACCUGACAGGCUUGCAGAAACUUGAUUUUGCAGCUUCACAGGUGGCAGUUAUGCAAGUAGAACUGACUGCCCUCCAACCUCAACUCAUCCUCACCUCCGAGGAGACUGCCAAGAUGAUGGUGAAAAUUGAAGAGGAGACAAAAGAAGCUGAUGCCAAGAAACUUCUGGUGCAGGCAGAUGAGAAAGAAGCCAAUGCUGCUGCUGCCAUUUCUCAAGCAAUCAAGAACGAGUGUGAGGGGGACCUGGCCGAGGCGAUGCCGGCGCUUGAGGCGGCGCUCGCUGCGCUGGACACCCUGAACCCCAGCGACAUCUCACUGGUGAAGGCGAUGCAGAACCCACCAGGCCCUGUCAAGCUGGUCAUGGAGAGCAUCUGUGUCAUGAAAGGGCUGAAGCCAGAGAGGAAGCCCGACCCUAGUGGCUCCGGUAAGAUGAUAGAAGAUUACUGGGGGGUGUCAAGAAAGAUUCUCGGAGAUCUGAAAUUUUUAGAGAGUCUUAAGACAUAUGACAAAGACAACAUCCCCCCACCGAUCAUGAAGAGGAUCCGGGAAAGGUUUAUCGAUCACCCAGAAUUCCAGCCAGCUGUCAUUAAAAACGUGUCUUCUGCCUGCGAGGGUCUGUGCAAGUGGGUGAGGGCCAUGGAGGUGUACGAUCGCGUGGCCAAGGUGGUGGCUCCCAAGCGGGAGCGGCUGAGGGAGGCCGAGGGGAAACUGAAUGUACAGAUGCAGAAGCUGAACCAGAAGCGAUCGGAGCUGAAGCUGGUGGAAGACCGUCUCCAGGCCUUGAACGACGACUUUGAAGAGAUGAACAUGAAGAAGAAGACCUUGGAGGAAAACAUUGAAAUCUGCUCCCAAAAGCUGAUCAGGGCAGAGAAGCUGAUCAGUGGUCUUGGAGGAGAGAAGGACAGAUGGACAGGAGCUGCCCACCAGCUGGGAAUCCGCUAUACUAAUCUGACAGGAGAUGUGUUGGUGUCCUCGGGGACCGUGGCUUAUCUGGGUGCCUUUACAGUAGAUUAUCGGACCCAGUGCCAAAACCAGUGGUUGGCCCAAUGUAAGGACAAGGUCAUCCCAGGCUCCAGUGACUUCAGUCUCAGCAAUACCUUAGGGGAUCCCGUAAAAAUCCGCGCCUGGCAGAUUGCUGGGCUCCCCGUUGACUCCUUCUCCAUUGACAACGGCAUCAUUGUGUCCAAUUCCAGACGCUGGGCCUUAAUGAUUGACCCUCAGGGUCAGGCUAAUAAGUGGAUCAAGAACAUGGAGAAAGCGAAUAAACUGUCAGUCAUCAAGUUCUCUGAUGCCAACUAUGUGAGGGUGCUGGAAAACGCUCUGCAAUUUGGUAACCCUGUCUUACUUGAAAACGUGGGAGAAGAGCUAGAUGCCUUUAUUGAACCCAUCUUGCUCAAGGCCACAUUCAAGCAGCAAGGGGUUGAGUACAUGAGGCUGGGUGAAAAUAUCAUCGAAUACUCCAGGGAUUUUAAGUUGUACAUAACAACCCGUCUGAGGAACCCUCAUUACCUCCCUGAGGUCGCCGUGAAAGUCUGUCUCCUCAACUUCAUGAUCACCCCGUUGGGUCUCCAAGAUCAACUCCUUGGCAUUGUGGCUGCCAAGGAGAAGCCAGAACUGGAAGAGAAAAAGAACAAGUUGAUUGUGGAAAGUGCCAAGAACAAGAAGCAGCUGAAGGAAAUUGAAGAUAAGAUCUUAGAGGUCCUGUCUAAGUCCGAGGGCAACAUCCUUGAGGAUGAAACUGCCAUCAAGGUUUUGUCCUCCUCCAAACUGCUCUCUGAAGAAAUCUCGGAGAAACAGGAAAUAGCUUCGAUGACAGAAACACAGAUCGACGAGACUCGUCUGGGCUACAAGCCAGUGGCUGUCCACUCUGCCACCAUCUUCUUCUGUAUCUCUGACCUGGCCAACAUUGAGCCCAUGUACCAAUACUCCCUGACGUGGUUCAUCAGCCUGUACGUGCAUUCCCUGGCCCACAGCAGGAAGAGUGAAGACCUGGAUCUGCGAAUCGAGCACAUCAUUGAGCAUUUCACCCUGAGCAUCUACAACAAUGUCUGCCGCUCCCUGUUUGAGAAGGACAAGCUGCUCUUCUCCCUCCUCCUGACCAUCGGCAUCAUGAAAGAGAAAAGGCGAAUCAACGAGGAAAUUUGGUACUUCCUUCUAACUGGAGGCAUCGCCCUGGAUAACCCCUUCCCCAACCCACUUUCUGAAUGGCUGUCUGAGAAGGCGUGGUCGGAAGUUGUUCGUGCAUCCUCCUUACCGAAACUGAAAGGCCUGAUGGAACAUUUGGAACAAAACGCACUUGAGUGGAAACUUAUCUAUGACUCGGCCUGGCCCCAUGAGGAGGAAUUCCCUGGAUCGUGGAAGUUCCUUCAAGGACUGGAAAGGAUGGUGAUCCUCCGAUGUUUGCGGCCUGACAAAAUGAUCCCAGCCAUUCGGGAGUUUAUUGCUGAACACAUGGGAAAGGUGUACAUUGAAGCCCCGACAUUUGAUCUCCAGGGAUCCUACAAGGAUUCCAGUUGUUGUGCACCAUUGAUUUUCGUGUUGUCUCCAGGCGCAGACCCUAUGGCAGGCCUGCUAAAGUUUGCUGAUGAUCUUGGUAUGGGAGGUACCAGAACACAGACCAUCUCCCUUGGCCAAGGCCAAGGCCCUAUUGCUGCCAAAAUGAUCAACAGUGCCAUCAAAGAUGGGACCUGGGUGGUCUUACAGAAUUGCCACCUGGCCACAAGUUGGAUGCCUGAGCUGGAGAAGAUUUGUGAAGAGGUGAUUGUUCCUGAUAGCACCCACAUCAGAUUCAGGCUCUGGCUAACCAGCUAUCCAUCAGAGAAGUUUCCAGUCAGCAUUCUCCAGAAUGGGAUCAAAAUGACUAACGAGCCCCCCAAAGGGCUUCGGGCCAAUCUUUUGCGCUCCUACCUCAAUGAUCCCAUCUCAGACCCCGUGUUUUUCCAAAGCUGUGCAAAGGCAGUGAUGUGGCAAAAGCUGUUGUUUGGCCUUUGUUUUUUCCACGCCGUCGUUCAAGAGAGGAGAAAUUUUGGCCCCCUAGGUUGGAAUAUUCCUUAUGAAUUCAACGAAUCCGACCUAAGGAUUAGUAUGCAGCAGAUACAGAUGUUUCUCAGUGACUACAAGGAGGUGCCAUUUGACGCUCUGACAUACCUGACAGGGGAAUGUAACUAUGGAGGCAGAGUGACUGAUGACAAAGACAGGCGUCUCCUGCUGUCCCUUCUGUCCACAUUCUACUGUAAGGAAAUCGAGCAGGACUAUUACCGCCUGGCUCCUGGAGACAGUUACUACAUCCCUCCCCAUGGCACCUACCAGUCCUAUAUCGAGUAUCUCAGGACCCUCCCCAUCACAGCCCACCCAGAAGUGUUCGGCCUCCACGAAAAUGCUGACAUUACCAAGGACAACCAGGAAACCAACCAACUGUUUCAAGGGGUGAUGUUGACCCUCCCUAGACAGUCGGGAGGGAGCGGCAAGUCCCCCCAGGAAGUGGUUGAGGAGCUGGCCCAGGACCUACUCUCCAAGCUUCCCAAAGACUUUGACCUGGAAGUGGUCAUGGAGUUGUACCCCGUGGUCUAUGAGGAAUCCAUGAAUACUGUCCUAAGGCAGGAGAUCAUCAGAUUCAACAGGCUGACAGAAGUGGUUCGUAGAAGCCUCAUUGAUCUUGGGCGAGCCAUCAAAGGACAGGUCCUUAUGUCCUCAGAGCUGGAGGAAGUCUUCAAUAGCAUGCUCAUGGGUAAAGUGCCAGGCAUGUGGGCAGCCAAAUCCUACCCAUCACUGAAGCCCCUGGGGGGCUACAUAGCUGACCUGCUGGCCCGCCUGGCCUUCUUUCAGGAAUGGAUUGACAAGGGCCCCCCUGUGGUCUUUUGGAUCUCUGGAUUCUACUUCACACAGUCUUUUUUGACAGGUGUCUCUCAGAAUUAUGCCCGGAAAUACGCCAUCCCCAUUGACCACGUUGGAUUUGAGUUUGAGGUAGGAGUACUUUGGGUUAGGCCAGCUCAAGGGGCCACCAGAGAAGGUGACUUCAGUGAGGAUGUAAGGUUCAUGACCUGUAGAGUUAAUGUCAUCUACUCAGGCAGCAAGACCUUGACAAACUCUAGUGAUGUGUAA